CAAAAGUUUCCUUUUCAACUAUUCGACACGCCACAUGUUCCAUAAAAGCGGGGCGCAUGUUUCGUUACCAGGGCGACCAAUUCCCAGAAUCGUACACAAAGCCUUGAUGAAGAACAAACUUGAAGCACAUGCCAGUUAGUUCAAAUGCUUUCUCAUUUUUCCCAUUCAAACUUCGUACAGUGUGAAUUGUAAUGUCGGUCGAGGGUGAAUUUUUCCUAUCGAUCACGGGAUCAAUUGAGCACGCGGAAUUUUAUGACAUCAAUAAUGCCUACUGCAAGUACGGAUUUUAUUGUGGGUCCGAAUGGACUGUUGUCGCCGGUAUCGAGGAAGGUUUAACACAAAUGUGCAAGUGCAGUAAUGAUCCGCGAAAUCUGGCUGUAUGGAAUUUCCCCUUGGAGAUUACGUUCAAAAGCACCAGUCCACAUGGAUGGCCUCAGUUAAUAAUGUCGAUUUACGGGUUGGACAUCUUUGGCCACGAUGUCAUUAGAGGAUAUGGGGUGUGUCAUUUGCCGCUGGAAACAGGUUGCCAUGAAAAAAGGGUAUCAGUGUACGUACCCGAGUCCUCUUCGACGUUGCAACGAUUUGCAGCCUGGUUAACAGGUAGAAGACCGGAGUUAAUUGAUCCAACGAUAUUGGCCUCAGGUGGCGGAAGGGAACAAAAAUCAAUGGAUGAAAUUAAUUUCCAAUGAGUCAGCAGUUCGUAAUAAAAUUUUCCCAUGCUUCCUGGAGAUCCCGGGAUGAACCUAAAAAAUAAUAAUUUGUCAGAAAAAUGAAAUAAUUAAUCAAUUAAAUUAUCAAUUAUAAUUAGUGAUCCAAUUAUUAAUCAAUUAAAUAUCUGAUUAUUAAAUCACUCAAAAAUACUUGUUCUCAAUAUCUCGAGCACAAUUUACAAUUGGACACUUCAUGAUUUCUCAAAGCUGGAAGAAUAAGAGGAAAUAAAGUGGUUUUGAAUGAGAGAUCUUAACGUAGGAACAGUUUAUUUUCCAAGAUUUACAGAUGUCAUAAAGCCGGGUAGAAAGCUUGCGCGUACCUGAUGUUUCUUCCAGGUAUGAAGAGGGUGGUCUCGAGUAAUAACUUCCUUUAUAAUUGCAGUCACGCGCAUGAGAGUAGAGGGUAUUGUUACCAUAACGUUCAACGUUGUGCUAAAAGAUUUCUUCAAGCUUGGCUACAACAACGGUGAGAAACAGAAGAAAUAAUGAGACUUGUUAUGGGCACAAAUGUCCUCCAUUAAUGGACUAAUAUUUCCUCUUCGUUCCUUUCGCCUCUGUAUAUUUCACGGCGCAUGGAAAAUCCGAUGAAUCUCGUGAGAGAUUUAGGAAAAUUGUUUUUAUUAACUACUAUGCUCGUUAACCAGUUACUGCUGUGAUUAAGACGGCAACUGAAAAUUAAUUACCGAAGAUUGAUGUUCAAGCGUUUAAAACGCUAUUAUGACUAAACGAGUGGAUUUUAUAUAUUUGUAAUAUAUCAUAUUAAAAAAUGUAAAGUGUAAUUAAGAGAAAGAUUGUAAUUAAUAAA